AUGCGUGCAAUGAACAAAGAAGACAAAAGGAAUCUCCCUUUGAUCCUCAGCAGAAAUUGUUCAAGAAUAUCAGCGAUUUCUCAUAAAAGAGAGCACGCUUGUCGUAGGUCUGCAGAUCUUUCUAAUAGAAAUAAAAGUGAUGACAGCAUUCGUAACCUCUUUUGUAAAUCAAGACUAGCUAAUAGAGAAGGAAGUAUGGAAAAUUACCAGGGACCAAUAGGGCUAUCUGCUAGAAUUGAGUUUUUUGAGACUUUUAAAAACCUUGACAAAUAUAAAGAACAAAUAAAGCAGCACCAUAUGGAGUCAUCUCCAAAUAUAGCAUUCCUUGAAAAAUGUGAAAAAGAAAAAAUUUGGCCUAAACCUAUUGGGAUUGUAAAAAGAAGAGGAACUAGCAAUGAAUUUGAUUUAAGGAAUAUGGGCGUUGGCGAUAAAUAUGCUAAUGCACUAUCAAAAGGGCUAAAAAGCUUAAAAUCAGUUGAAAAAUUAAAUCUGCGAAACAACCGCUUAUCUGAUUCAGGAUCAAUAAAGAUUUUAUCACGAAUGAAUGGCUCAAGUCUAAAAGACCUUAAUCUAGCUAACAAUAAGCUAGGAAAUAAGCCUAUAGAAAAACUUAUAGAGCUGAUUAAUAAUCCGAAGUCUUGUUUAAAAAAGCUAAAUCUUGAAGGAACUGAGCUUAAUUACCAAGGAUUAGAAAUUUUAGUUGAUAGUUUGUGUGAUAAUUCAAAAAUCAAAGUGCUUAAUUUAGCAAAAAAUAAGCUUGGAGAAAAUGCGGGAUUUCUAAUAGGAAAAUUGCUUCAAUCAAAUAUAAGCAUAAAAAAGCUUGAUCUUCAUUGGAAUGAAAUCAGAGAAGAAGGGGCUGUCAAACUUUUUGAAGGACUGACUUAUAAUGAUACACUGUUAGAACUUGACUUGUCAUGAAAUUCUAUUGGGAGAAGCACUGCAGACGAUAUCACAAUAAAAAUUGGAAACCUCUUGGGAAAUCAAAGAGAAUUGAGGCAUCUCGAUUUGUCUUACAACUAUUUAACUCAACAAGAGUGCCUGAAUAUCGGAGAAGGGCUUAAGAAAAACCAUACCUUACUUGGCAUCCAUUUGCAGGGCAACGAAUGCCAAGUGGAUUCUAAAGGUUUUAUUAGGAAAAGAAAGAUUGACCCAAAAUUGGAAACUGGCCACUUAACCCAAAGGAUAUUUGAUCAUGAUUCAUUAUUGGCUAAAAAUCAUUGUGAAGAUAAUUCUAAUUGUUGGCUAUGUGAAGCGUGAGUUGAAGUAAACUUUAUUUGAACAAAUUCUAUAGUAACAGCCAGAAAUGAACCAAUUUUUUUGCAUUUGGAUAUUGAUGAUUAUGAACCUGAAUUGAUUCCAGUUGACUAUAUGGGAUUUUAUAGUGUGGCUAGGAUGGUUCCUCCAAGGGAUAUUUUAUUUUUCUUCAGUCAUGGUGAAACUCCUGUUAUCUGUGAAGAAUGGGAGAUAGUUAAACUUUGUGAGCCUAUUGAAAAUGUAAUUGAAUAUUCUGAAGGAAUACAAAUAAGGCUAAAUGUGACUACUGUUAAUAAAAUACUCCCUAAAGGGCCGAUGUGUAAGCUAAAUGACUUGCCUGAGACAAAGCCUAGAAUAGAAAAAGAAGUUUAUAAUAAAAAAACAAUAGAAGAGCCACCCAAAUAUUUAUGGAAAAUCGAAACAUCAAGCAUCUUUAAAGAUAUUGCCCCUGAGACAGAAGUAAGAUUUAUUCAGGAAUUUAUUGAUAAAUGCUUUGAUUUCGACUGAGGAUUUACCAAAAUUGAUACAUUUUUUAAGUCCACAGAAGAUAUGGAAAGUUGUAAGCGACUAUUAAUUCCCCUCUGUGAGCGAACAAAAAUGGGUUAAUUUUUUGAUUGAUUUUUUUCAAAAUUUAAAAAUCCCAAAUUCGAAAUAAUUUUAAAGCAUAUAUUAAUUUGUAAAAUUUAUGUUUUGAAACGUAAGCUGUUUAAGAUUAAACAGAAUUAGCUAGAGAUUCUAAUUAUUACUUAUAUAUCAAAAUAUUAUUUUCCUAAAAUUUUUUAUAUCAAAAAUUUUUUGCUCGCUAACGGAGGGUGGGUUUUAUUCUAAAAAUAAGGAUUUUCCCAAUAUUUUUGUCCGCCCAUGGAUUAGGGAGAUUAAGAAGAUAUUACCCAUUGAUGUAAAAUAUAUGUAGAAGAAACACAUACAAAAUUCUUUCAGCCAUCAGUGGCAAUGAGAUUUUUUCUAUGGGAAUUAAUGCAUUUUUUGAUUUUCUAAAUCAAUGCGGGACUUUUGAUUCGUAUUACUCUGCUGCAGAUGUUGGGGUUAAUUGAAAUGCUACCUUAUCAUCAAAAAUUAAAAAUCAAACUUACAAUCCAGGAAAUGCACUAAUUCGAUAUGAAUUUUUAGAAGUUUUAGCAAGAGUGGCAUAUGACAAAUUUUUUAAGUCAAAGCUCGCAAAAACUGUAACAGAAGCUGUAGAGAAACUGCUAAAAAAUGAAUUUGAGCCUUUAAUGAAGAAUUAUAUGGCAGGAGAUGGAUGAAGGAAAAAAUUAUUAACUGAGGAAUGUGAAAAUAUUGUCAAGCUUUAUAAGCCUUGUCUAGAACAACUUUUUGAGAAGUUUUCUAAGCUUAAUUAUUUAUCUACAUGAAAUCUCUAUUCCUAAAAAAAUUAAAAAAUGUUUUAUUUUAAAAAAAAAUAACAGAGUAAGAAAAAAAACUCUACCUGGACAAGCACCUUUUGUGAGUAUAGAAGAAUUCAGAGAACUUUGUAUUUUAGGAGGCUUCCAAACUGGGUCACUAAUGAUAAGAGAUUUUGAUGUCAGCUAUGCUUAUUCAAUGAGGCCACAAAUUGAUGAAGUUUAUAAUAAAAAACACAUGGAAAUGAAUUUCGCUGAAUUUGUUGAAGCAAUUGCAAGAGUCGCAGAUUUAGCAAACCUCCAAAUUGCACAUAAUGAAGAGCUAGCGAAAAAAGACCCAGAUAAAGUUCCAUUACAAAUCAAAUUAAAAUAUGCAUUGAUGCAUUUAUCAAAUAUUUUUGAAAUGUCCCCUACAAAAAGAAUCGCUAAUCGAUUAUUUGUGAGGAGAAAAACAAGGAGAUCCUUGACAAUGGGAUUUGACCCUAAGGAUAUAAGAGAGUCGUCAGCACGAAGCUCGAUUGGUAAAAGCGAAAUUAAAGAUAUAAGAGAGUCUUCAGCAAGAAGUUCUCUUGGAAAAAGCGAAGCUAAGGACAUAAGAGACUCUUCUGCAAGAAGCUCAAUGCUCUUAUAA